ACAUUCUACACAGAUCAAUUAAUCCCACUGACACGAACACCGCUCUUCCUCUCCAAACAAAUUACAGAAAAAAACCACCAAAAUGUCCUCCCAAGCCCCCCAGAACCGCGACUUCCGGUCCGCGAAGAAUGUCGAGCCCCUCAACGAACACAACACCCAGUCUCAGGACGCCGCCGGCCAGCCCUCCUUCUCCGGCCCGGGCGCAAACACCUCCGCUGCGUCGACCACCAAGCCCCAUGGAAACAAGAUGUUGAAUAAGCUGGACCCUCGGUUUGACAGUGAUAUGCUGGAGGAGCAAGAGCAGCAGCAACAGGCGAGGGAGAAGGGGGAGGGGCCUGUUGAGUAAGGGUCUGAUGUUGUGAUGUAUGCAUGCAUCGUGGUGCGAGCGAGAGGUUAUGACUUAUGUAUUGAUGGAUGAGAAUUGAAAUUGGAAUUGUUCAAGCGACGGUAUAUCCGUACUGUACUAUACUACUUAUUAUGUGAUAUGCACAUUGAAGAUUAAAUCAGCUGUGGCUAAACCUGCAUCGGAACGUAGAAAUAUGCAGCGAGAGGUAUAUUGAAUGAGAGAAAUCAGUUGGCGCUGUUGAUAAUCGCCUCGGAGAUCUUCUCCGCAAGCAUAUCUAAGCAAAAAAAUUAGCAACCCCCUCCUUUCAUACUAAGAAUAACCAGAGAUCG